AAUAUCACAUUAUUAUUGUAUAACAUCAACUAUUUUAUAUGUUUCCUUCAACUAAACGAAACUGCAGCUCAACCGUUUGAAUUUUGUUAACAUUUAAUUACUGCGGAAACUUUGAUGGAUAAACCAAGCGCGAUAAGAAAUCAAAUAAAUUAAUUGUUUAUUAGGCUAAAUAAAAACUUAGUUGAUUGGUACAUGAUAUUUAGUUGAAAAUAAAUAUUAUUUUUCUCAAUAAACGACUAAAGAGCAUGAUUAUAAAUAUCAUUGAUUAUAAAUAUCACAUCAUUGUCAUGUAACGUUAACUACUUGCAUGAUAUGUGUUGAGAAUCUAACGCUCGAAAAGUAAAAGCGAGCGUUGGGAAUAUUCGAGAACGCUCGAUUUGCUCCAAAACGCGUUUAUUUGCCUUCCCCCCGGGUUUUUUGGUGUUUUCGCUCGCGCCCGGACUACAGGUGUACAUCGCGUGAUCGCUCGUACUGCGACCAAUAGUCUGGCCGCUCGACGAUUUGGAGCCAAUCAGCGUUUCUCACGUCUCGAAAUUCCUCGCGGAAGUUUCGCGGAAAUAAAUAUUAUUUUUCUCAAACGACUAAAGAGCAUGAUUAUAAAUAUCACAUCAUUGUCGUGUAACGUCAACUACUUGAUAUGUUUCCUUCAACUAAACGAAAUUGCAGCUUAACCAUUUGAAUUUUGUUAAAUUUUGAUUACCGCGGAAACUAUGGCUUGGUAACAGCGAGACAGAAAAUCCCCCUCCGCUCCCACGAUAGUCGAUUGUCAGCCGAAGCCGCGCCGAGCUUACACGGACGCGGCGCUUCAUAGUUGUGUGCGUAUUGCAGGAUCUUGCAGGCGCUUGCUGUCUACGCAGUGUCUACUGUUGCUAGAAUUUACGAUUUCUAAUCGUUGCGAGUGGUCGCAAGAGAAACACGUCGUUUCUUUAUUAUUGUGAUAAAUUGUGUGAAGUGAUAGAAAGAUGACAAACAUUAUUCAUUCAUGGGGGAUGGAAGAUUCCGUGGAAUCAAACAUCAUAAAAAUAUUGGAAGAAAAUGCAAUUACUGACGCAAAUUUGCCUGAACUUACCCCAGAACUUAUCAAAGAAAUGAUACCUCAAAUUGGAAUAAGAAUGGAAUUCUUGAAGAAAUGGACGACGGAAUUUAAGACAGAGAAAAUGCCUCAUGUUUCGGAUUCGAGUACAGAAGUAUCUGAAGCAAGAUCUGAAAUGGCAGAAAAUCUAUCACAAAGUUCAUCUGAGGACGCUUAUAAUUUAAAGAGACACAACACUUUUGCGGGAAAAUUGACAUAUGCCUUAAGAACAAAAACUAUCAAUGUCAAAGAAAUUCUAUGCACGAACAUCCAAGGAAAGGCGAUUGUAAAAUCUUAUCAAAAACACAAGUCUUUGUCGCGACAAUCUAGAAUGCUAAUUGUCGACAUCAUUCUGACAGAAUUACUAAAUGAAACCAUCCAGUAAUUUCAUUUUACAUUUUUUUAUAACAUGUAUUUCCGUAAUAUAUCAACAUAUGUUCAUAUAUAAUGU